ACACUUCUCUAACCUCAUUUACAGGUGAGAGAAACUGAGACCAUGGAUGCCCGAUGGCUUGACUACCCUGCCUCUGGAGACCUGCCAGAUGACGAAGACAUUGGCGAGUUCAGGCCUCACUUCACGUCUGAUGAGUUAGAUAUAGAUGAGACAUCUGGGUCUGGAGACUAUACAGACUCUGAAGAUGCCAUAUAUCUGACCACCAUGGAUACUCCUGUGAUAUCUGACAACUCUAUCCCUGGAGAUAGCAAGAGAAAGAUAGAAGGUGAGAAGAAAAACACAAUGGUGGACAAUGAAAUCAUUCCAGACAAAGCCGUACCUGUUGAAGAGAACCUGUCCAACAAGAUCUCCAUGGCAAGCACAGCCAACAGCAGCAUCUUUGAAAGAACAGAAGUCCUUACAGCUCUCAUUGCAGGAGGGGCCGUGGGCCUCCUGUUUGCUGUCUUCCUGAUCCUGCUCUUAGUCUAUCGCAUGAAGAAAAAGGAUGAAGGCAGUUAUGACCUUGGGAAGAAACCCAUCUACAAGAAAGCUCCUACAAACGAGUUCUAUGCUUAAAGCUCAGCAGCACCUUGAGCCCAUCAAGGGACAAACAGACAGACUGUAUGGAAACACUGUGCCCUCAGAUGAGAUGUGCUGAACAAAUGCUUUUUUUGGAUUGAAUUUCAAAGCAGCUUUGAGAAAAAACAAAUUUCCUACGUGACCCUUCCCAUCCCGCUCAGCUAACAAGGGCCCAAUGAAAUACAAAGAGUCUGAAAAAAAAAACCAAAACCCCAAACCUCAAUGUAUUUUUUUUUUUUUCUAAAGCAAGUGUAAAAAGAAUAAAGAUGCCAAAUUUUCUGCUUGGUUUUAUAGAGGGUAUAUAAACACAAAACAGACUGUAUGGAAGCAAACACCAUGUGUUUGCAUCCCGUGUGCUGUGCUCAGAUUGGCUGCUUCUAUCUAGAAGGUGGCUUUUUUUAUAAACCUUGCUAAUGGAUGUCUUGCAGCAGGCUGUUAUGUGAAGCAUUUUUGUGGAGAACUAUUUAUGAAUCUCUAACACUACAGAUAUUGUUGCCUUAUCAGGGAGUAAAAGUCUCGUAGGGGCUCAAAAUCCCUGAAUGCCAUAGAGGGCCUAUGGGAAUGUCUUCCCCAGGAGACUUCUGUCUCUUCCUGUCGGCCCCAGGCAAGGGUCAUUAGUCCAUGAAAUCAGGACAACCAGUUUUGUUUGGCUAUGAUGACACCCUUUCCUUGCCUUCAGUCUCUUACCUUUUUUUAAGGAUUGCUUGUAGGAUUUUUUUAUAACAAAAUUUUAAAGAAAAUAGCCUAAUGUUUAUAUAAAGUUUGUAGAAAUUGUUUUGAAAUAAUAAUAAAAAAAAAUCUACUUUUUUAAUUUCCUCAGAUUUAUUUUUUCAAUCCCUUUGUGUUUCUUUUGGCCGGGCAUUUCUGUAGAGAUGUUGUUUUAUAUGAUUCAUAUUCUGGACUGAAGCAGAGUUUGCUACAGUGUGUUACAGGUUUCUUCUAGUUCUAUAGCAGCUACUGUAGAGGGUAAAAAUAUUUAUGGUUUUCACAUAACUUUUUUAGGAUUUGAUUUUUUUUUUUAAAUAGAAUUAUUUAUAGUUUCUAAAAUGGCUGCUCUUCUCAUUUGGUAACUUUUAUCCUUUAUGUAAAACACUAAUAUAAUGAGUCUCUGUGAAAACUAUUUAAGCUUUAUUCUGUGAAUUUUAAUUAUAAAUUCAAGGCAAUAACUUCUAGGAUUAAUCUGUAUGCAAAAUUUGAUUCAUAAUAUGACUGAAGUAGGGAAAAGAGAUUAAUUCCAGCCUGUAAUAUAUUAUUAUCAGUCCUAUAGAGCUAUAUAUUAUAUAUUUUACUGAGAAAUAUAAGAGUGAAAAGGCUGGAGUUAAUUCUUCAGCAGCCAUACUGAGUGUAAGAGCCUCGAUGGUUUGUCCUGCUGAUUGUCCAGUGUCUGGUCUGGAGCAGGAGUGGGCUGGUGCUAGGGAAGGCAGCUGGGAGCAGCCUGAGCCCUGGGGCUGGGUCCCCAGC